UCAUUUCUUCUAGGGCUUUUCCCUUUGAAACGAUCGGUGCGACAACGCCGUUUCUGAUAAACCGUUUCACCGGCGACGACAAUGGCUUUGAACAAUCAACGAAGAGCACCAAGAUAUCUCGCUUUAGGUUUAGCAGAUCAACCAAUCGCAGUUCCAGAAACCGCUUACGCUGAAGCCACUGAGAACAAUCGCAAAAGCUUGGUCGGUCGAGUUCUAAGCCCUAGAAGACAAGAUCUCUACUCAGUGAUCAGUAGACUCCCUCAUGAAUGGAAUAUCGACGGAUCUAAAUGUCACGGCCGGCGGAGGGAAGUUUCAAUUCGUAAGUGGGAAGACGAACAAGGUCCUGAUUUCUUGAAUUCGGUUCCUAUGUGGUUGAGGAUUCGUGGAAUUCCGAUUCGGUAUCUUUGUGAAGGAACGGUUCGUGAGAUUGCUUCGUCUAUGGGGGAAAUAAUGGAGGUUGAAUUGGAUGAUGUGAAAUUUGAUUUUCGUUUUGUGCGUGUUCGUGUGAACGUUUCUGUGGAUACUCGUUUGUGUUUUAAGAAAGUGGUUAGGUUUGGUUCUGGUGAGGUUAGGAUUGUGAGUUUGAGGUAUGAGGAUAUUGCUUGGAGUAAAGUUAGUUUCAAGUUUUAUCGUAAUUGUAGUGGUUUGAAUCAUCUCGCUAGGUCUUGUUCGCGUGUUUGGGUUGAUGUUCCUGAUCCUUAUGAUCGUGCUCUUUCACCACCGCCUCUUGAUUCUAGCGUUGAUGGUUCUGGUGAGAAAAAUGGUGAAGGUGGAAGGUCUUUGGGUUUAUUGGAGCAGAUUGAUCCGGCGGAUGCUUCUGCUGAUGCGGUUCAGGGCUUGCCUGAUGGGGUUGGUGAGCAAAAAGGUCUUGAUGGCGUUGAGGAUGGUAAUGUUACGCAGGUGAAGGUUGGAACUUCGUCUGAGGGGUCGAAAAGGAAGUUUGAUGCAGGGGAUCAGGAGGAUGAUAUUGUGGAGAAGCGGCUUAAAGGAAGCGCUGAUGCGGUUCAGGACUUGCCUAAUGGGGAUGGUGAGCAGGGAGGUCUUGAUGGCGUUGAGGAAGGUAAUGUUACGCUGGUGCAAUCUGAGGGUGUGGGGGUUAACCUCAAACCACUUGAAGAAGAAUGAUCCUAUGAAAGUUAGAACUGUUAGGGCUCUGAGUCAUACACAUUUCCUGACAGUUUUGGUUAUCUGAAAGGCAAAUGGAUCGGAACAGUAUGUAUAGAAGGGUACUACCUAGGUUGGCUAUGGAUGCAAUGGAGGUUUUUCGGUUGGUUUCUAGGUUUUGUAAUAGUCUUGUUCUCAGUGGAGACGAGAUCGUAAUAUCAGAAAUGCUGAUAGCAGUUUGGUGUAUGUCGGGUAGUCGGGUUAGUGUAGAAACAGUAUGGAGUAUGGUCUGGUACUCUGGUCUUGCUGUUUAUCUAACUAUCUCUUUAGGACUUAAGUUUCUUCUGCAAACUCUUUGCUUUGAUGUUGUGAACAAUAUUAAGUAAUGAAAGUAGUUUGUUUUG